GAAGUGCUUUGAUGGGAGAAACGUUCAGAGCUCGCUCCUCUUGCAGUGAAACCCAGCUCUGAUCAGAGGCAGGUCUUCCUAACUCGGACGCAGACCCUCGCUUCUCACAACCCUUGUUGUUGCACAGGUGCUGUUUGGAUGCACAGCUGUGGUCUCCAGCACCUCGCGUGGCUUGGCUUGCAGUGGAAUUCUGUGUCAGUGUUAUUCCCACUGCGCAGAUCGUUACAACAACUUUUUCACUCACCCCACGAGACAUCGAGACUGGAAGCAGAUGCUCCUGAAUCCGUUUGCCUGUUGUUCCUUGAAGAUUUUUUACUCGGGAUGGUGUUCACUAGCAACUUAGAACUGCAAGAGAAGUUCAGCACUCAGCUUGGCACACAUCAACCUCCUUGCUUACCGUUGCUGCUGUGCAAACAGAACUGUACUGAGAAGCAAAGGUCCUGGUGGGAUGCUGUGUGUACUCUCAUGCAGAAAAAAACAACGCCAGACUCGGCAGCCAAGCUGAAGCUUCUUGUACAGCAUGGAUGGAGUACUGUGUGAGCCCUGGAGAGACACGGCCUUCACCUGCCUUAAUUAUACACUGGGCAAGAAGCCUGCAAGCAACAGGCGUUAGCCUGAACUCGUGCGACCAGAAAGAAUCUAUGGGAAGAAGCGUCUGCUACUGGAAGGAAAUUCUGCUUAGCUUGAAAACUAUCAAAAAGCACAGAAGUAUUCCUGAACCUGCUGAUCCUCUCUUCAAGCAUUUCCACAGUGUGGACAUCCAGGUCCUCCAGGUUGCAGCCUGUGAAGAAGAGGCACGUGUGGCUUUUGCAACGCUGGGUGCAGCUGAAGGCAAAACUGAUGAUGCUUUAUUAGCCUUUGAAGCUGUUAACAAUGCGGUUUCGUACUGGAACCUAUGCACUCUUUGUCAAAGAAAGGCAGAGGAGGUUGAGAGUGAUGGUGUGCUACCAGAGGAACAAGAAGAACGCAAAGCCUGUGUUGUUGAAAGGCAGCACUGCCUGAUGAAGAUCAUUGAGGAAAGCUCCUCUGACCCGUCAGUAGCUGCCCAACUGCCGGUAUCUGUUAGAGCUGUGACGGAAAUGCUGAAGGCAGUGAUCCGGGAGCUUGGGGAGAACGGUGAGGAGGGAAGUCUUGCCUCCAGAAACAUCUCACGAGCUGCGCACAUGGAAGUGGAAGAUGCAGUUCCAUCACCCAAGAAGUUCUCUUUCUCACCAACUAACACCUACCAGACUCUCCUUCAGUGGGCAGAAGACCACAAGUCCUUACUUCAAAAGCUGAGUCAGCAAGUGGAAGCUUUAAAGAAUGAAACACAGGAAAUGAAACGUAACAGUUGCAGUGUAAGCAUGCCAUCUCAUUGCUGGCCUGCUGAAAGCUGUGGAGCAGAUACUGUGUCAGAUGGUUAUGGGAGAGCACAACAUCUUCGUGAAGCUCCUUGGAAGGUUGCUACCUCUGGCCUGUCUGUUUGCAGUAGCCAGUCACCUGCUGUGACUCGCAGUGUCUUCGAAGAACUGCUGCAACCAGUGUACCACCAACAGAGGCGCCUGUCUGUGGCGUGAACGGAGCUGCACCUCAGCACGUCGA